GUCCUGCCAUCACAAGUCAAUGAGCAAAUACUUAGCAAUACUGCUUCUUCUCAUGUGGAACUAGAUGUUCCAAGGACACCAUCGAUUGCUGGCUUGGAGAUCCCAAGCCCUUCUUCCCUUGAUCACACCAGAACAAAACUCUCCCCAAGUGUCUCCAUCUCUUUUUAUACUAAGAUGCCACAUCUGCCAGGCCAAGUUCUCACCAACUCACAACCACCUCACAUCAAUCCUCCUGUCAACAAUGAGCAUCCAUUAAGCACCUUGAGUACGAUAGUGCCUUCUCAAACCAGUUCUCAAAUACCAAGCGAUUCUGUCACUGUUAUGGAUGAGUCUCAUCUUCUUGUCACAUCUCCUCCUGCCCAUGCCAUCACGGAGACAAAUGGCACUGCAGCGGAAGGAGGGCUGCCAGUUGAUGCUGAGCCACACACAACAGAUAUCUUUACUACUUCAAAAGCUCCAUCACAAGCUUCAUCUCCUCCUAUCUUCAUGGAACAUGCCUUGCUGGAUGCAUCUGCUCACCCAGGAAUCCAACGCCUGACCCAUAAUGAGACUCAGACACCAAACCCAUCUUUUUCCACCACACUCCAACUUGAUUCAUUUAACAUGACUCUCAAGCCACACACAUCCCACACCUCUGCUUUUGUCCACACUAAAUCCCAGUCGUCCAAUGCAUCCACCGCUGCAGGGAUUGGAGACCAGAUACAAAGCCUAUUCACAACAAUCUCUCCUCAUUUACAGCCACAAACUACACCUUUUCUGGUCAUAACACCUUUCACCUUUGGAGAAAUGAGGGAAGGAAAAGGCUCUUCACAAACCAGCUCUCCAACAUCACAGGCUGGGAUUUACAGGACGUCUCUGCCAAGUGUUGCAUCUUCUGAUUCCUUAGGGACAAGUCCUUCCAGUUUUGCCACUCCAUCCUCUCUGAUCAGUCAUCACAACACAAUGAACUUCUCUCCUCUGAGCUCAGUUCACUUAGAAGACAAUGGUGCCCUCAGCACAAUGUCAACACUGGCUAUAUCCGGAGCUCGGGAUCUCCCCCAUAGUUUCCUUGGGUUCCCCCAGUACCUCAACCGGUCACCCGGUGAGCUUGGUGCCUCAAGUUUUAACUCUCUUGUGUUGAACGGCAUCCUUGGAACAUCACCUUCCCUUCAGUACAUGUCCCUCUUGGUCCGGAAUGCAGAAAACAUGGUGUGCUUACAGCGCAUGCAAAAUUCGACUCCGCUUUCUGAAGAACCAAAUACUGAUGGUCACGGAGUUGCUUCAGCUCAGGAAGCUCUGCCUUUGUCUUCUGCUUUUGGUUUGCCACACCUUGGUGCUUCAAGCGUGAUCCAGAUGGGCCCAUCUAGUGUCAUUCUGGUGAAACCUGUGUUUGUCUUCCUACCAGCUGAAACACCCAAAGUUCCUCCACCAUCCUCCGUGGAGGAGGAAUGGAACCACAAAACCAGUCUUUCAUUCACCCACAAAGAUGUUUCGGGUUUAUCUCCUUAUACAAGCAACCAGGAGCAACCCAUGGGAACCAGUCCAACUAUGUCCACCACUCCGCAUUUGAAACUUCUUUCCUCUCAUGCUUUUUCAAUGGAUAAGCAAAAUUUUUCAGAGAAAAUCCUCAGUGCUCUACGAAAAUCAACAGGAAGCAACCUUAUUAAGUCUGAAAGCUCAACAGCGAAUCCAUUCACCCAACCAUCAAAGAAAGCUAGCACCAGAACAAAGUAUUUAGGGACUCCAAAUCAGAAUGGUAGGAUUCAGUCCUCUAUUCUUGUUUCUCAAAAGGUGGGAAGGAAUCAACCAAUUGCAAUAUCUGUUGGAACUACUGCAGAUCACCACAAUAUCUCGGGUGCUUCCACUGUCAUGUUGCCUAUCCUGGAAAGACAUGAAACAUUACCACCCUCCACUGAACUAUUGGACAUUCCCCUCAAGAUGUCUUCUUUGCCUCCCUUGGUGGGACCUUCUGCUUCUCAGAUGCUGAGAAGUUCCUUUCAGACAUCCAGGGCUCCAAAUAUCCCUCAACUAAGCCCCAUGCUAAUGUUUCACACUGAAGGUCAUCAACAAGAUUCAUUGACCCCCAUUACUCUGGUAAGUAAGAACUUUGAAGAGUCCUUGAAUGCAUCCUCAGCUAGGAACAUGAAACUGCCAUUAGAGGUGGGACAUUUCACUCCUGAGAGUCUUACAUCACAUAGAUCCUUGAGCACUGAGUUGAUUGGAGAGGAGUUGUUUCUGGCUCCUUCAGAAGUUCAAUAUGUACCCAAUGAGGUGUCAAGUUACCAGUUACUCCCAGUUGGAAAAGAACACAAAGUGUCUGUAUCCUCAAAUGACUCCUACGCAGAAGAAGUGGGUGCAUUCCCUGUGUCCACAGCAUCUUCCUAUCACGCCAGCACUAUCUUCUCCAAACUUUUCCAUUUUCAUCCAAUCUCUUCCAAGUCCACCAUGGGAAAGGAGAACCCAAUAAUUCUACCUUCACCUUCUGCCUUAUUCCCAGCAGGUCCUCCAGCACCAUCGACUCCAUCAGAGGAACCACUGGAGGCUCCCAUUAACCAUCAGAAGCUCUCUGGACUCUCUACCAACGUGCCUUCACAGGUGUCAUCAUCACACUCCUACUUUGCCAAAUCAGUGAUGAAACACAAUCCAACCACUCACCAGAUGCUCAGAAAAAGGGCUUCUCUUUCAAGCACUCAAGGAUGGCCAGAACCAAGAGUGAGCACUGGAGAAACCAAUUUGAGUGCAAGGGAAGCAAUUCACAUUGUGCCAGUUUUGUCUGGUACAGAAGCCAGGAACAUCUCUGCGUGGCUGGCCACCACAGACUUCAGGUCAACCUCAGUCCCACCAGAUGAUACUGUGGGAUCUGUAGGUCUUCAUGGUUUGUUCCAGAAGUUACCAUCACGUACUGUCCUUGGAGAUGCAUCCAUUACACAUCUUCAAGGCACAACUGUUUUGCCUGCAGGUCGCGGAACAUCUCUCAUGGCAGCAUCACACAGUGUUUUGAAUAGGUUGCUGCAGCCCAGUGUAAGUGAAGCAAAUAUAGCAAGGUUUUCUUCAACAUCACCAAGACAGAGUCAACAUCUUGAAGACAAGAAGGGAGUGACCAUAGGGACUGCCAAUGAAUUUCUGGUUAGAUCUAGUUUUCAACCAGUGCAAGCAAGCUUAGAAGGUGAACAUCUGGGUGACAAAUGGAUACAGGAUGUUGUUUCCUCCUUUCCAACUCCUUCUCCAGUGUUUUCCACCAUUCUCAAUGGACCAAAAUUGUCCACAUUAUCCUCUGGUAUUGAGCGACUUGAGGGUAGAGGCCUCCUGAGACAAAGGUCCUUUUGGCAAAAUCCACAACUACACAUCUCUGAGAGCUUUCCAAGUCUUCAAACAGAGAUCCAGCCAAACCCAGGAAGCUUUGAACCUUCUUACAACAUCCAAACUGAUGGAGACGUCUCAACAGACACUGCUAGCAGAACUGGAACAACCAGUGAAUUGCGCUCGUACACAUCUGAAGAGCAGGUCGGUCUCACAAGAGAUCCUUCAGGAGAAGGGAACAGAGAUGAUGGAGAAAGCAAUGAUAAUGAUGAGGAAGAAAGUGAAAAUGAUGAUGAUGAAGAAGAUGAUGGUUCAGUAUCUGACUUGCCACCAUGGGACUCCAGUACUGGUUUGUUAGACUGGAGAGUACAGCACCAUCGACGACGGAUGCGUUCAGAUGAUGUUUUCUUAAAUGGUUUGGCCGUUGUAUCGGAUGACGUCUGCAGUUCUGGAAACUAUACCACGGAAAUGAGACUCCAGCCUGCAAGUCGGGGAGGCAGUUUCCUGGCCCAGAUUGUUCUUCACGACAACAGAAGUCGCCCGACUUUGAGUGUCGAGUCGUGUUGUGUGACUCCCACCGCCAGGCCCACCAGACCAGAGUCUGCCUCCUGCUGCCAUUUUCCCAGGUCACUGCUGGGAUGCAGACAUGUCCAGAUUCACCAGAACAGCAAAUCCAGUGUUGCCAGCUUCGCCAUCCAGCUUUUCCAGAUGCUCAACCAUUCUGUGGCAUACCUGCAUUGCGAGCUCAGUGUCUGCCUGACCGGGUUGGCUGGCUGUGAAGAGAACUGCUUGGAAAACAAAGAAGGGCCUUCCAAGCCGAGCGACAGGAGGAGUUACGAAACCCUCCGCAACGUGAUCUCCUUCGGUCCGGUCCUAAGAACAGAAGCAGAGUUUUCACUUGGACCGUCUCCAGGUUCUCCUCUUGGCAUGAUGCUCCUGGCCUUCCUACUCUCGUUGACCAGCACCGUUGGCGUCCUGGGGACCAUUGUGGUUCUCUGGGUGUGUCGGAGGUGGGAGGUGCAAAAAGGGCCCCCCUUGGCCCCCCCGGCAGGAAGCGAAUCCCCUUGAGACCCCCGAGUGCUCACCCCAGUAGCCGUCGCUUGGGCAAAUUGGGACCACUGCUUUCCCUGCGGAGCAGCUCUUUCCAUAGGGAGACUCCAGCCUCUGCUUCUCUAUUUCUCUGCCUUUAUGAGAGAGGCGUUAAAACCAUAGAUAGGGGAUGGAAGAGGUUGCGGAAUCUGAGAGAGAGAGAGAAAGAGUGGGCUUUGGGAGGAGAAGGAAAGAAGGAGGGAAAGAAAGGGAAAGAAAAAAUGGGGAAGGGAAG